AGAGGACCGUCUGGCGGCGAGGGCCAUUAAUUAUAAGAGACAGGGAGACAGACAGACAGCCAGCUAACCAGACAGACAGACAGUACCGCAGAGAGCGCAGACAGGCCUGACAGGCCCCGACAAAUACAAAGAGAGGAGGAAGAGCAGCACGCACGGCCAAGAAAAAUAAUCCUCCCCCUGUAGCGAGUACAGCUAUCUGCACCGCCCUGCUCCUCCUCCGGCCACUGGACUAUGAGUAAAUACAUUCAGGCAUAAUAACCCUUUGUCAUAAGAGAAAGAAACGCGAUUUGCGACGGAGAUAAAUAAUUGAAAAAAAUGCGGUUGUCCGACUGCGCAUCCCUGGGAGUGAAUAGGGAAAUGCUGCGCCAGUGUCCCGGCUGAGAGACGGAGCCGAUCUUACCCAACAUAAGCUCCUGAGCUUUUUCCCCCCUUGUCAUUACACAAUAUCGCUGCCAAAAAUCAUCGUUUCAAACAUGUGUGCAGGGAGACAGAAUAAAAGUUGUGUGUUGGCCAAUGCGCCCCUGCGUCGGUCCCAUCCUGCAGAAGCAUGUCCCGUCGGAAACAGAAACGACCCCAGCAGCUUAUGAACCUGACCCUCGCUGCCUGUCGGAUACUUGAGCAUGAUGACAACUUGGCAGUGAAGUCCCAAUCCUUUCCAUUUAUCCUGGAUUCUUCCUUGUGCUUUCCAUCCUCAUCCUCUCUUCAAAGCUCCCAGUUGCCCCUCGCACUCCGUUCAUCUCUCAAGGGCUCUCAGACCCCCUCGCUACCCUCUGAGGGUCCACCGCUAUCCUGCUCACCGAGCCAGCCCUCCCACCAGACCCUUAAAGACACACAGCCUUCCCUCUCUCCUGACUUCUUUCACUCUUGUCUCUCUUCCCAAACUCAACAUCCACCUGCCCUUCGACUGUCUAAUUGUAAUCCUACGUCUUCUACAAGUUCCCUGAUCAUGGCCUCUCCCAAAUUGGGGCUGUCAGCCACCACCACCACCUCUUCUUCCUCCUCAUCAUCCUCUGCCUCCCUAUGUCCUCCACCACACCCUGGAAGCCCUAGUCGUGUGCCUGAAGGACCCCCAAGUCCUGUUACUCCCACUCCCAGCCCAGGAGUGACAUCUGCCUCAGCUGCACCCUCUAGGGCCCAACUAAGUAUUGCCCUAAUCCUGGAGGAGCUGCGAGUGCUGCAGCAAAGACAGAUCCACCAGAUGCAGAUAACAGAAGAGAUCUGUAGGCAGGUGCUACGCCUCGGUGGAGCCUCCUAUACAAUAGAUACACCAUCCCAGCAUCUUCUCCCUCCUCUGCCUCAGCUCUGCCUAGAAGGCAGCAAAAGGGCAGCCAGCCCAACUACUCAGCCAACAGCAUCUCAGCCUUCGACCUCUGUGGCUCCUCUCCUAGCAUGUUUCUCCUCCCUGCUCCCCUCUCAGGCAGCCAACAAACCCACAAAGCCAAGCAGUUCCUUGUCUCAGAUCCUACAGCCCCACAAGCCCCAGAUUGAAGGGACGGCUGGGACUCAUGGUUAUCUGAGGGUGAGUUCUCGAUCCUCAGCUCCCUCCACCCCUUCCUCUGCCGCUGUCUCCAUGGCUUCCUCUACCUAUCCACUAGCCCUGUCUUUAGCUCUGCCCAACCGCUAUCUUCAUGAGAAAUCUCCAAAUACCACUUCAUUGAGUGGGCAUGGUGGCAGGUCCUUCCUAAACUCAUCUCUCCCCACAUCAAUGUCUAUGGUUCCAAACUCUCAACAUGCUCUGCAAUCUGUCUCUGGAGGAGCAGACUCUUCCCCUGCAUCUAACUCCAACACUACUGGCCGCCUCCAACAUGCCUGUCGUUUUUGUGGAAAGAUGUUCAGCAGUGACUCUUCUCUACAGAUACAUCUACGCUCACACACAGGUGAACGACCCUACCAAUGUCCUGUGUGCCUCAGCCGCUUCACCACACGAGGCAACCUCAAGGUGCACUUCCUGCGCCAUCGUGAACAAAACCCAGAGCUUUCACUUUCACUCCUGCCACCGUCUUUGUUUGGGGUAGCAUUAGGGGCCACUGGGGGAUCAGAUAUGGGACAGAGCAUGAGCAGUGGUAGCAGUACUAGUGGCAUGAAUAUGAUACAGAAGAAGCCAAAAGGCAGGCCUGAGGAUGAAACAUGUGGAGAGCAUUUGGAGGUCGGUGGUACCAGCACUGGGUUUUCUCUGGGGGGCUCUGGAGGAUCUACCCCUUCCGCCCUACCCCUGGCCCCCAGUGUGGAUCUGGCUUUAAUUUCCCACUCUCUCCUGCAGCUCAAUAGGGCUGCAGCUGUAGCCGCUGCAGCCUCUAUCACCUCUGGCUCAUCCCACUCAUCCUCCUCUUCUGCAUCCACCUCUUCUCUGGCCACCUCCCUCCUCUCCAAUCCGUCCUUGUCUUCAUCUUCCACAAUCACAGAGUUAUUCAAGGGUGCCAAGCAACAGCACUUUGAUGAGAACACUCCCCCUCAUGCUCCAAUGCUUUCUCCUGCAGCCUACUCCCAGCUAGCCCACCUGCCUAAGCUCCUUUUCCCAUCUGUCUCCACUUCUUCCCCUACCACUGCUGCACACUCAUCCCUCUACAACCAUCCAGCCUUGGGCUUGCUACGCACCCCACUUCCCUCUACUCCAGGCUCCCAUCAACUUGCUUCUUCCAGCCAUUCUCAGCUUUCAUUCCCUUUCUCUUCCUUUCCUAAAGUCCCAGGUCCACCCACCACUACUCCAUCUUCCCUGCCUUCCUCCAUGGCUACCUCCACUCCCACAUCUGAAACCUCCAAGCUGCAGAGGCUGGUGGAGAAGCUAGAGAAGGCGCCUCCCCGCUCCUCUUCUCCAUGGACUUCUUCCUCCAUGCUAGAGAUGUUAUCUACCAGUACCACUACCUCUUCAGCAAGUCCAGCCAACAAUCGUUUCACAAAUGCCAGCACUUCUACCACUUAUGUUAUGGCAUCCCCACCAUCUUCGACUCUUGUCUCCACUUCUGUAUCAAACUUCACCCAUGAGAUGGUUGCUGCCCUAGGCAUGAGUGCCAAUGGAGUGAGGGCCAUGGCAGGGGGCUUGCUACCAUCACUAGGCAUCACAGGUCCAGCUGGCAACCUGACAACCAAUCAGUGUGGGGUGUGUCUAAGGGUGCUGAGCUGUCCCAGAGCACUGCGUCUGCACCAAGCUACGCACCUUGGAGAACGCCCUUUUCCGUGUAAGAUAUGUGGCAGAUCCUUCUCUACCAAAGGCAGCCUGCGUUCACAUCUGGCCACCCAUCAUGCCAGACCACCCAAUGCACGCGUUCAGAACUCUUGUCCACUGUGCCAGCGUAAGUUCACUAAUGCCCUAGUGUUACAGCACCACAUCCGUAUGCACCUUGGCGGACAAUUGCCCACAGAUGGCACAGAAGAUUCUGCACAUGAGAUUCCAGCUGAAUCUAAUUCGAAACUCUUGUCACAAUCUCAAUCCCAGUCCACUGACCCAAGUACUGCCUCUAGUAAAACACCUCCUCUAACAGGCCACUCUAAGAGCCCAGCCCCAAGCUCACAAUUUCAAACUCCAGCAGUUGGCUCAGUGCCUGUCUCUGGCAGUAUGAAAUCAGUUGAGUUCACCAAAAAUUCCAGCAAGUCUGGGUCCUCCAGCCCAGACCUCAUUCCCCCCUCUGACCUUAGUCCUGACCCCUUCAUGAAUCCCACCACACAAACUCCACCACCAGGCAGUGUAGACCCCCCUGUUCUUUGUGUCAGUGCCCCCUUGCCUGCCUCCCAGCAGACAGAUCAAGCUUCCCCAGUUGGCAAAGACAACCAAGUUGAACAACAAGCCACUGUCGAUCUUCCUAAAUCCACUUCACCAAUUUCCUCCACUGUCACCAAAACCACAGUGUCAUCUAAUGCUAUGGUAGUGGACUGUGUAGAGGAUGAAGCAUCUACCUCCUCUGAUGCCUUCCUUGGCUCCAGGUCGAACCUGGAGGACUUACAAAGCACACCUACCCUUGGUACACCAUUUGCUUACACCUGUCCCAGUACCUCCUCUAACCCUAUCCUAACUCAAGAUGUUCUUAAUGUUGAUGCAACAACCUUGGAAUCAGGCUCAGUCUCCCCAAAGCCCCAGUCACCAGAACCCAUGGAAGAAGAUAAAGAUCAGUCUCCUCCACCAGCAACACCAAAGCAAGACCAAGCAACUGUACCUGAUGAGGACUCCGAAAUGAUGUCCACUUUGGAGACUGCUGACACUAUUGAUGCUGAAGUAAGGGGUGCAUCACAGAGAGCUGCCACUUUUGUAAGGGAGACACGUCAAAGCUUUCAUUUUGGUUCGUAUGGAAGGGAAGACCGGAUGGAAGGUGUUAAGAUUAGUGGAUUGGCUCCGAGUGAAGCACUGGAUGCUUCUGUCCCCAUCAGCCUUGCUCCAACCCUCCCAUCUCCAAUGUCUCGUCCUGAGAAAAAGACCUAUUGCUGUGCUGAGUGUGGAAAAGAGUAUGCCAGUCGCAGUGGACUGAAGGGGCACAUGAAGCACCAUGGUGUGGUAACCAAAACAACACGUCCACCAGCCCGGAGUAGCCGUUCCUCCACUGACCAACUUCCUUCUUCUACAUCUAUGACUUCAUUGAAUAUUCCUGCCACCAGGAGCUCAGCAGGCUUCUGGAACCAGUACCAAGCCUUCCUCAACACCAGUAAUGAGCCAACUGAUGACCCAACUGCUGGCAGCCAAGGAGAAGAUGGGUCGACACGGUCUGUGAAAUCACCUGUUCAAUCUCAGAUGGAUCCAAGAGCCCAUGAUGAAGCUGAGGAAGAGUCUAGUGAAGGAUCAUAACUUGAGUGAGCAUGAUUGGCUGGAUAAUGAUCUGAUGUAUUCAAUCAGUGUUUACCUUUUGGUGAAACUGUAUGGGCAUUUGCGUAGUAUUGCUUCCUUAACACAUUUCAAUUAGCCUGUCAGUUUGAUAGUCAGAGUAAAAUGUUUGUAUGUGAAAGUUGUGAGUCAACCAGCUUGGUCUGUGUUAAAAAAAGAGACAGCUAUUGUACAAAUAGAGGUGAAAAUAUUCAAGAAGUAACAAAGUAAGUCCAGUUUUUGCUGGAUUUGAUAAAAAAAAAAGUGACACUACCUUUGUCUGGCUGAAGUUGUUAAUAGUUUGAUGCACAUUCUAACAAAAAAAGAGUAUCCCUGUUGUAUCAAUGUUUCAUAUCAGACCUGGGUCAAACAAUUAGCAGUGUAGGGUUUUGUUUUUUGGCUAUUUUCACUUUUUACAGAUAGGAUAGGUUUACCACGUUUGAACAAAUUUGAUAUUAUCUGUUAAUUAGUGAGUCACAGAGAAUUACACUAAAGAAAUAGUUUCAAAUAAUUCUGUCAGUAUGUAAACGCUUCGGGGCUCAUCGUGUUGUGCCAUGUACCAAAUCUUAUCCAACUGGCACCAAAGGAAGCCCAUGCUAACCAAAAGAAAAUGUCUUUACAAAUGCUUCCCGACCUAGGUCUGUUUCAUAUCUAAAAGAUUAUUUACUUCAGUUACAGAGGGAACUGAUAUACAUGAGCAAAUUGGGUGAGUAAAACUAGUUAAUUAGGUAUGGUUGUUUUGCUUACCUAAUUUACUUAACUUGGUAUUACACAGCAUAACUUUGUUUUGCAAGAGCAAACAAGGCCAACAAACUGAAUGUUUCUGUGGGAUAUAUUACCUUUUUUUCCCCUGAUCUUGUGGUUAACAUAAACUACUCAUGUCAUUGUGGUUUACUUUUCAGUAUAUUUGUCCUGUCAAACCAGAAGCACAGUUAGUGUUUGUGAACCCAGUGAGGACAUGGUCUUGUGUGUGACCUUUGACCUUCAGCUUUGUGAAUAUUAUGAUUGUUGUUUGGUCCAAAAGUAAUAUCUGUAACACGUUUUCAGUUACUAAACUUUAAGUUAGUAUAUAUAUCAGAAGUCUGUGUCUGUUUGUUGUAAGCUGUACUUUCAGUAUCUGCAUAUUAAAGUCUGAUUAGGAAAAACAA